UAACGCCCAAGCUAUGUAACCCAAGCAAAAGGGGUGUUGGUCAUCCAGACAUAAAUUCGGAGCCUCACAAAUCCGCUGCUCGUAAUAUUUGCUUACUCUCCAAAGCUGCUCAGCCCGGCUUCCAGGUUCUCUUCUUCCUUCAACAAUGGCCAAAAAAGUCAUCCCCACUGAAACAGAAAGAUGCAUUGAGUCCAUGAUAGCUGUUUUCCAGAAGUAUGCUGGCCGGGAGAUCACUAACUCCCCCAACACCCUCUCCAAAACUGAGUUCCUGACCUUCAUGAAUACAGAGCUGGCUUCCUUCACACAGAACCAGAAGGACCCCGGUGUUCUGGACCGAAUGAUGAAGAAACUGGACCUCAACUGUGAUGGGCAGUUGGACUUUCAAGAAUUCCUUAAUCUAAUUGGAGGCUUGGCACAGGCUUGCCAUGCCUCUUUCACAGCAGCUCCCCAGCCCAUGAAGAAAAUGUGAAUGGGCCUCCCAGUCAAUUUUCCAAAUGCACCCUUCCUCCAAACCAGCAAAUGUGUACCCACUCCUCAUAGUCACACACUGAACCCUAAGGAGCCAGGGCUACAGUCCAGAGCCAUUCACUUUGUAGCAAUAAAACAUGAUUUUUUUUAAAAAAUAAAAAUAAACACACACAAUGGA